AUGGCGAUAUUGAGAUCUUCGGGGCUCAGAGCUUCUCCAAAUGAUCGUGUCAAAAAGAUCAAAGAUUAUUAUCAGAGUCAAUCAAAUGAACAGUUUGCACCAGCAGAUAUAUCGAAGUCAAAUGAACUGAAUGAUUUUGAAAAUAUGAAAAUCAGUGAUUUGAACGGGAAAAAAUUGUUUUUAUUCGAUUCGUUACAACCCUUCAAACGAGCGUUGAAUUUUCGUGCACGAUUGGCAUGA